AGUGUAUUUGACAGCUUUGAACUGAACUUGCUUUGACGGUUAGUUUGGCGCGUUUGUGUAGAUUUUUGUUGUUGUGUUAUUUAAAACUAAAUAUCCUUUUAAACACAAACCAUAAAAAUGGGGCUCUUAGAAAUGUGUGAAAAGUAUUUCGAGACCAAAAAUCUGUAUGAAAUCCUUGGGAUUUCAUCAAAAGCUACAGACAAAGAAGUAAAAAAGGCAUAUCACAAAAUGUCUUUGAAGGUGCAUCCAGACAGAGUAGAUGAGGGGGAAAAACUUGAGGCAACAGAGAAAUUUAAAGUCCUUGGUGGUAUUCAUGCCAUCCUGUCCAACACUAACAAGAGAGCCCUUUAUGAUGAGUCCGGGAUUGUCGAUGAUGAUGAUUGCGAGAUUAUCAUUGAUAGGGAUUGGACCACCUAUUGGAGAAUGCUGUUCAAAAAAAUCACUGAUGAUGAUAUUAGGGCUUAUGAAAAAGAAUACCAAGGUUCUGACACAGAACGGGCAGAUCUGAAGCAGGCCUACUUGAAUGGGAAGGGUGACAUGGGCUACAUUACUGAUCAUGUGCAGUUCGCAAGGAGUGAACAUGAGCCAAGAUUCAGGGAAAUACUAGACGAAAUGAUAAAAAAUGGAGAAAUACCCUCAUAUAAAGUCUAUACUCAUGAACCAGAAGCAAAACGUAAAAGACGCAUCGCCAAAGAAAAGCGUGAGGCAAAAGAAGCUGAUGAAAUAUUCCAGGCUCAGGAAGAAAAACAAGAAAAUUCAUUAGCAAAGCUGAUUUCCCAAAACCAACAAAGUAGAGCUCGCCACAUGGACUUUUUCAUAGAUGGCUUAGCAGCUAAAUACAGUGCCUCAAAACCUAAAGCUAAACCCACAAGAACUUCAAAACGACAAGCUGCAAUGACUGAAGAGGUCAAACCCAAAAGAAGGCGGAAUUAAACUACAUUUUUAUAUCAAAUUAAUAAAGGUAUUGUAUGGAGUUCUGCCAGUAUUAACAACUUCUCCGUAGAAUUGGCCAAUAGUAAAAUAGGAAAUUUAUUUGUACAGCAAGAAAUUUCAGAAAAUGUCAUUGGCUGCCAUUUUAGUUUGUUGCAAAUACAAGCCUAGUGCCCUUAACUCUUUGCUCCAAAAAGUCAACAAGUACUAAGUGACAACCCAAAUAUUUUUUAAUGCCAUUAUUUAUAAGUUGCAUGCACUUACAGCUGUAGUUCUACCAUAUUUCAACUUUUAUUAUACUAUCAUAAUAUUCGAGCAAAUCUCAACAUUUGGAUCAAAUGCAGAUCGUCUAUUACGCAACCCAUAUAGCCCCAUUAUUAAAAAAAAAAUGUUUCUGUUUACAUCAAGGUGAUAUUUGUGUGACAAAGUGCAUUUGUUCCCUUUAUUUAUUGACUGUCUUAUUUUGUCAGUUUUUCGUAUGGACUGUUUUUGUUUAGUGAUAAAGUUUGUUAUAUUAUACAUUGGUAAAUAAGUAUUUAGCGUCAAACUGAGCUGAAUUUGUCUCUAGUAAUAAGUCGCGUAAAUAAAUUGUAACAAAAUUCA